AAUCUAAGUGAUGAGACCAAUGGCCGUCGUGAGUCGCAAGUACAAAAACGUAUACGUGAGGAAUUGGAGCGUGAUAAACAGGCUUUGAAAUGGCGCAAAACUAAUGAAGAGGCUGGAGAUGUUGAUACUAAGCUAAAGUUGUUUGCCAAUCAAGAACAAACAUCCGAUAUAAUAAUGAUGCAAAAACCCAUUAAUCUUAAUCCCAAGGAAUGGCUAGCCAUGUUGGAGAAGAAAAAGGAAAAGAAAGAGCGACAUAUGCAGCAAUUUAUGCCCGAGAGACAUGAGAUAUUGGGACCCGAUUUAGCCACUGCACAUUUUAUACUGCAUCGUGGUGGCGCUGUUAAAUUUCUCAAUAGUCAAAAUUGGAUGAAAGCAGAUGAGAAUGGAGAAUUUAAACUACCAAGCACCUAUCAUGCUCAAUUCAAAGUGGAGGCUGUACGUUGUGACAAUAUGACUUUGUACUAUGAGGGUUUGGAAAAUAUACGUUGGCUGCAGGAAUUGAAAUUUCUAUCAUUUCAUAAUGUUAAAACUUUCGAUGAUUGGUGUUUGGAUAGAGUUUCUGGCUCGCAAUGUCAUAAAUUGGUUCUGGAUAUAUCGGGUACCCAGUGCACUGCUCGUGGUUUAUCCUGCCUCUAUCGUUUAACUAAUUUAAAACUUUUGGUAGUAGAUGAUCCCAAAGAGUCUUUGGAAUAUGAAUUAACUUGUUCUAUGUUGGAAGAGGCUUUGCCUAAACUAAAAAUUGUCAAUGCCGGCCUCAUUGCAUGA